AUGUCUGGAGUUCUUGGACAUAGGUCAGAGCAGCCUAGCUCUAGUGCCAUAGGAAAUAGCGAAGCAGAGGUCGCCGUGGACAGUUGUCAGAAUAAUGGGGCAAAGGUACUCUUUAAUGAGCAGACGAAUUAUGUACCUAGGCGAACGAUUAUCACGAUCUUUUUGGCAUGCUCAACUGUCGAUUUAGUUGCAUUGAUGGACCAGACGACACUGGCCUCUUGUCUGUACAUCAUCGGCAAUGCGCUAGGAGCGAGCGACCAAUCCUCCUGGAUCUCAGGUGCAUACUUUGUAACAUCAACAUGUUUCCAGCUUCUAUACGGCAAACUAUCCGAUAUCUGGUCCCGAAAAGUCGUCCUAUUCAUCGGGCUCGCGAUAUUCUUCUUCGGAUCCUUGGCUGCUUCACUGGCCCAGAAUGUCACUCAAUUGAUCGUUUUUCGUGCCAUCACAGGAAUCGGAGGGGGUGGUUUGGUAACCCUCGGACAGAUGAUUGUGAGCGAUGUGGUUCCACUCCGUGAAAGAGGGAAGUAUCAAGGUAUUCUGGGCGCAGUGGUAGCCAUCGCCUACGCUAUUGGUCCGGUAACGGGUGGUGCAUUGGCAUCUGCAUCUCAUGAUUCCUGGAGAUGGAUCUUUCGGUUGAACCUUCCGUUGACCGUCAUCUGUGCAGGCUGUGUUUACUUCUUCAUGCCUCUUCGAGAGGUAGAGGGAAACUGGAAGGCCAAGAUCAAGGCAAUUGAUUUCUUCGGUGCGUUUUUAGCACUUGGAGGAACUGCGCUUUUGAUUCUUGGCUUGAACUGGGGCGGCGGCGAGUAUGCUUGGAGUUCCGCUCAUGUUGUCGCGUCGUUGGUUAUUGGGUUCGUGGUCUCAGUUGCUUUUGUGCUAUGGCAGUGGAAGGGAACUUCCGUGCCUUUGGUCCCAUUACACAUUUUUCGUACGAAACUUGUCAAUGGUAGCUCACUGAGCAUGUUCAUCAUGGGAUGGAACUUUCUGGUUCAGAUUUACUAUAUCCCCACCUUUUACCAACUGGUCUUCAACUACAGUACCUUGGGUGCAGGUGCAAUGCUGCUCCCUAUUACGGUGACACAAUCUGUAUGCAGUACCCUCUCUGGACUCGUUGUCCACUGGAUUGGUCGAUACAGAGAAUGCAUAUUAUUUGGCUGGGCAAUGUGGGCAGUAGGCCUUGGUCUCUUGUCAACACUCAAUCAAUCAUCAGGACUCGGGAAACAGAUUGGAUAUGGUAUCUUGUCUGGUGUGGGUGUUGGGAAUACCCUGCAACCGGCAUUGAUUGCAAUCCAAGCUGGCGUUGAACGACAUGAUACGGCUUUUGUCACUGCAUUUCGCAAGUAUGGCUCCCUCUUAAAGAUCACUGCACAACAUUCUAAUCUCAACAGCUUCGUUCGAAAUCUCGGUGGUACAUUCGGCCUUGCAAUCGCUGGGACAAUUAUUAAUAAUAUUGUAUCGUCUUCUAUAUCGGUCCUCGGUCUCUCCGCAUCAGAGUCACGAUCUCUACUGGCAAGCCCUUCGACAUUUUUAUCACGCCAGUCUGACUGGGACGCGGCGCAUAUUCGAAGUGUCCUGAUUCCGGCUUACCAAAAGGGCUUUCGAAUUAUCUUUCUCAUUGGUGCAUCGUUGUCCGCUUUGGCAUUUAUCCUUGCAUUUUGUCUGAUACCCCAUGUUGAACUAAACAGAGCCGAUGACGCCACACUAAAGGAAGAAGCAAAGAAAAGGGCAGAAAAAAAGUCAGACGAGGAAAAAGCAACUGAGUCUUUGGGUGCAAAGACUGAAUGA